AUGGCGACGACCGACGUCCUACUCUCGACCUCGAUGGGCGACAUCACGGUGGAGCUGUACACGACACACGCGCCCAAGACGUGCAAGAACUUUGCCGAGCUGGCGCGGCGCAACUACUACGACGGCUGCGUUGUGCACCGCAUCAUUUCCGACUUUAUGAUCCAGACGGGCGACCCUACAGGGACGGGCCGGGGCGGCGCCAGCAUCUACGGCGACAAGUUCGACGACGAGAUCCACGCCGGCCUCCGGCACACGGGCGCCGGCGUCCUGAGCAUGGCCAACGCUGGGCCCAAUACCAAUGGCUCCCAGUUCUUCAUCACCCUCGCCCCGACCCCCUGGCUGGACGGCAAGCACACCAUUUUUGGUCGCGUCAAGAGCGGCCUCGGCGUCGUCAAGCGCAUGGGCAUGGUUCGCACAGACAAGGAAGAUCGUCCUGUCGAGGAGGUCAAGAUACUGCGGGCGCGGAUUGUCGAGGAGAACAAUGAAGAGUUCUCGUAA